AUGAGCGACAAGAAGCGCAAGCUCGCUGAGGAGGGUGUGGCCGAGCCUGAGGGCAAGAAGGUCAAGCAGGACAAGAAGGAAAAGAAGGAGAAAAAAGAGAAGAAGGAAAAGAGCAAGUCGCGCGAUGUUGAGGAGGUGAAGCCCGAGGUUGAGGCUACAGAGGAGAAGAAGGAAAAGAAGGACAAGAAAGAGAAGAAAGACAAGAAGGAUAAGGAAGAGAAGAAGGAAAAGAAGGACAAGGAAGAAAAGAAGGAGAAGAAAGAAAAGAAGGUGAAAAAGGAAGAAGAGGUAGAGGAAACCAAGGAAACACCCGCAGAGACACCGGCCGAAGACGCAAUGGACGUGGAUGUCGAAACCACCAAGGAAGAAAAGAAGGAGAAGAAGAAGGAAAAGAAAGACAAAAAAUCCAAGAAGGAAAAGAAGGAAAAGACCUCGGAAACCGACACACCCACCGAACAACCAGCCGAGCAGCCUAUAGAGCCUGAGCAGAAGCAAGCCAGAUUCAUUGCUUUCGUUGGUAACCUGCCUUACUCCGCCAACACGGAGUCCAUCACGAAUCAUUUUGCAAAGAACCCCCCAGCCUCGGUCCGUGUGGCUACCGAGAAAGACAAGCCCACCAAGUGCCGUGGCUUUGCCUUCAUCGAGUUUGACAACUACGACCGUAUGAAGACCUGCCUGAAGCUGUACCACCACUCGACCUUUAACGAUGGCAAGUAUCCUCCCCGGAGGAUCAAUGUGGAAUUGACUGCCGGCGGCGGCGGUAAAUCCGACCAUCGCAAGUCCAAGAUCGAGGCCAAGAACCAGAGACUCGAGGAACAACGACAACGCUCCGCCAAGGAAAUCCAAAGAGAGAAGAGAAAGAACUUCGACAAUGGCCCGCAGGAGAACGGCGGUGCUGAUCACGACCCCAACGACGCCUUUGCUGGAAUCCACCCCAGCCGACGGAAUCAGUUGAGAUAG